GAGCAUACAACAGGAGGAACCGUCAAUGUUGCACAACUAAUCCAACAGUUCCUCCUGUUGGAGCAUACUAGUUCGUGGAGAACGGCCGCUCCUGGCAGUUGUUACGAUAUUUUUCGGAUCAGUCGGCCCAGUCCGUCUCGGUCUUUAAUAAGACCGGUCCCAAUAGUAUCGUGUCCAGUUCAGUCCGGUCGCCAGUCUCAAAAAUCUUCAGAAUAUGGAAAGUGUGCGUACUGUAAAGAAUAUAAUACGCAUGAAGCUUGGUGUCAAACAUGCGAUCCUGAUUUAACAA